CUAAGCUUACAAAAAAUAACUCAGCAGUAUUUCUGUGCGGCUUUCAUUUUGACCAUCGCAUCUGGUACUGAUAAACUUCCCUGCAAUGAGCUGGAGCUCACCGCUAGCCUCUUCUGCACCGAGGAUCUCAUCUCCUAAAAAGGAGCUCAUUAAAGGUGCAGGAGAAGGAAAGCAUAGCCGCCUCAGUGUUAAAGUAGCUCCGUCAUCGUCUGCAAUAUGGGCAGCAACCUUUGCAGGUAGUUUGUUGGCGGUAGAUGCUGCAAAAGCUUUGCCAGUUGAGCAUAUCUUGCAGGACAUCCCCAUCCAAUUUUUGGGUGACUUAAAUGUUGGUGAUUGGCUCGGAGGUUUCUUAUUUUCUGCUGGGCAACAGGCUAAUGUAGCUGUCCAAGAUCAGCUAUCUUCUCUCGGUGUCACUAGUUUGGCGGUUAUUUUUGGGGCAGGCCUUGUAACCAGUUUGUCUCCGUGCACACUAAGUGUCUUACCACUGACAUUAGGUUACAUUGGAGCAUUUGGCUCUGGAAAAAGUCAAGCUGAGGGUAUUGCAAAUUCAAUUGCUUUUUCAUUGGGGUUAGCAACGACAUUAGCCCUUCUAGGCAUUGGAGCUUCUUUUGCUGGAAAGGCUUAUGGACAGAUAGGAAAAGGACUUCCAUUGGCUGCUUCAAGCUUGGCAAUUCUUAUGGGUUUGAAUCUUUUGGAGAUUAUUGAAUUAAAGCUGCCAUCAUUCUUUAACAAUUUUGAUCCCCGUGCUGCUGCAUCUAAUUUCCCUUCUGGUGUACAGGCAUACUUGGCUGGUCUAACUUUUGCCUUAGCUGCCUCACCUUGCAGCACACCUGUCCUUGCUACUCUUUUGGGAUAUGUGGCUGCAUCCCGGGAUCCCGUGGUUGGUGGGAGCUUGCUGCUGACAUAUACUGUGGGAUAUGUUUCUCCUCUUCUGCUUGCAGCUUCAUUCGCUGGUGCUCUGCAGGGUUUACUAUCGCUUAGGAAGUUCUCAGCAUGGAUAAACCCAGCAAGCGGAGCACUUCUUUUGGGUGGUGGCAUUUACACCCUACUGGACAGGCUGUUUCCAGUAACCAUGGCAAUGUAGCUGAUGUAAAUAAGCCUCUGCCUCAAUAGUUCUAAAAGGUAAAUAACCAUUUGUGAAGUAUUGAAAUUUAAAUCUCACACCUGAACUACAGCAGGGAGCUGAAUGAAUGUAAUAUUGGCCAACCAUUUUUUAUUGUAAGAGAUUGCAAUUUGGUCCAUUUGUUGUUGGGGAAUUUUUCAGCAUAUUUCUGAUAAGAGAUGAAAUAUCAUCCUUAAAAUUUGUUUAUAGACCUCAAUUUUGUUUCUUUAUGAUAUUGUAAACUAUUGAAUCAUAAUAGAAUUUCGAAGUUCUGACUUUUAA